AUGAGUUUUUCUUCAAGCAGGAAAUUGUUCGACUUCUCCCUGUUAAACACGACUAAGAAUGAUAUAGUCAAAGGAUUCUGGAACAUCCAGCAAAUUAAGAAAAGGCUUAAAAGAGGGCUUAAAUAAGAACCAUAUUGUAUUUUACAAGAGCAGUUGAAGGCUCAAAGCUAUACAGAACAAGAAGAAAGGCAUCAAUGUGAACAAAGAGCAAAUCAAAGCAUAUUUUAAACCAUCGAAAGGUAGGAAAGAGUUCAGAGAAUUCAAAGUCUUGAGUAAAGAAGAAGCUAACAAGCAGUUAAAAAUAAUUAAAAUGAGGCAUAAUAUGAGUGCUGACAUGGCACGGAUUAGACCAAAGAGUCGGAGUAUUGUGGAAAGAAAGACAAUAAAUAAUUGAACUAUUGAAAAACAUUCUGAUGCUCUGUUAAAAACAAUGACAAGUAUUCCAAAAAGAUCCCGGAAUACUCCAGAUUAUUCGUUAAAAGUGAAACCAGAAUUUAGAAAAAUUACUAUUGAUGAUAGCAAUGCCUCAAUUGUCAGCCAGGAUGGAAAUAAUGAGUCUUUGUACGAAGCAAGCUCAAUAUUUAUGGCCAACCAAAGUGCUGACUUCAGCAGGAAUAUGAAGAGCCAAGAGUCAAUGAAGUUUAGAGAGCAAACUAAUACUCUGUCUUCAUUGAGAAAUUCCUUUCAUAGUAAAUCCAUUGGACUUCGGUCGAGGAACUUUGAUGUGAAUAUUCAGAAGGAGUCUAAGAAAAAUCAAAAGGAUUCAAAACCAAAAAGAAGCAAUAAAAAUUUGGUUUCUAAGCUAGGAUCUGGUGAUAAAAUUAGUGUGGAUAAUUUCAUUGACUGGAAAAUUCAGAAGAACUUGAUAUUUCGUACUUAUCGGCCAGAUUACUCCCAACUUAAAGUGUAUGAGACUGAUUUCUCCAAAUUUCGAAGAAAAGUUGAGGAACUCAAAGAAGCAAAGAAUAGGGAAAAUCCUUCCCAAAGACCAAAGAACCCUGAAGCUCAAACCUAUGCCCAAAGGUACACUGAACUGAAGCAAAAAUGGACGAAUAUUUUGAAGACAAAAGAGAGUAACCAAAAAUUUCUUCUCAAAAAGACUCCUCAGAAGAAACUCAAAAGGUGAAAGUAGUUUCAAUAUUCAAAAAUAUAAAA